AUGCUGCGGCAGGGUUUUCGAGCGGCGGCGAGUCCUUCGGCUCUUACCGGACAAGCAUUGAUCGAUCUGGCCUGGAUUCAAGAGCCUAUCGAGGUGAAGGGCCUCUCAUUGGCGCUUACUAUCAUCACUAUAGGUCUUCUCGUCUUGAGCGCUACAGCUGUAGGGCUUCGAGUCUAUGUUCGAGCUUGGUUAUUGAGAAAAGAUAGAAUUUGGGGACUUGACGAUACAUUUGCUGUUCUAAGCUUUUUAGUAUUCAUCCCUUCUUGCGUAUAUGUAAUACUUGCCGCAAAUUAUGGAUUAGGAACCCCUGAUGCCGAAUUGACAGAUCCGACGAAGGCGCGUGCUGCCUUAUAUAUGGGCUAUUGGCAAAUGCAUUAUGCUGUCUCAGUCAACUUAGUCAAGGCAGGCAUUGCGAUCGCGCUCUUGCGACUUACUAUACAACGGCGCUAUCGAUAUCCAUUAUGGAUGAUUUUGACAGCACCGCCACUAUUCACAUUUGGGGUUAUUGUUGUGCUGGUUUCCACCUGCCGUCCAGUUGGUGCUCAAUGGGAUCUAAAUCUCGGAACCUGCUCCACUCACGUUGUUAUGGCGCAGUUGAGUUACCUCUUUACUGUGUUCACAGUAAUACUUGAUUGGGCUUGCGCCAUUAUCCCAUAUCUCUUAUUAAAAGACCUCCCAAUGAAGAGACAUGUGAAGAUAUCUUUGAUAGUCGUUCUCACAAUGGGAGGUUUUGCGAGUUGUGCAGCCAUCGUUCGAAUCCCUUACCUGAAGUACUAUCUCAUCACGGAGGAUCAGCUGUACUACUUUGCCCAUAUUGUGCUAUGGUCAACCAUUGAAAAUGGCAUCGGUAUCAUUGCCGCCUCUCUCCCACCUAUUCGUAAACUCUUCAGCUUCUAUAGAGAUACGCAUCGGGAGUCAGAUCCUGUUGAACGGGGAGGAGCGGUCGAAACCAUCGGUGGGACUCCUUUGACACAAGCAUCGGUAACUCGGUUGCGGGCCUUGGGUCCGAGGCCAUCUGGGUAUACCAAAAGCGGUAGUCGACAGUGGAGUCAGCUGGAUAGCGAUAGUUCGAGUCGCGAACAAAUCGUGCAUCCACAGAGGAACUGA